GAACGAGAAUUUAAAGCGUGCUAGUGUCUUCGGCGAAAGAGCGCAUUUCUAUCUGAACGGCGUCAAACAAAAAUCGUUCAAUUCAACGCGAAUUCUGAUUAGCCAACAAAAUUCAAUGCAAAUUUCGAAUUUAAAAAAAGUGUAAAAUUACAAAAAAAAAUUAAUUAAAAAGUGUUAAUCAAAGCGGUCUGUGUCAAGAACUAUUGAAGCGAAUUUUAUUGUCUUGUCAAUAAAACAAAAGAAAAAAUUAAAUAAAAAUACGUAGGAAAUUCAAAAAAUUAAAGUGGAAAAAGUUUGAAGAUAUUUUCGCACCAUUUUAAAGAUAUUUUCGCAGCAUUUGAAAGAUAUUUUCGCAGCACUCGAAAUUGAUUAAUGAUUGAGCAAUUUUUUCGAGUAGCUAAUUUACAUUUUAAAACGAGGGAAAAAUAAAAAAUUAAUUGCACAUUUACGAGAAUUGAUUUGAGCUGCUCGAGAUACAAAUGCAAAUAAUACAAACUGCAGCUGAGAUACUUUGCGCAUUUAAGAUAGAACAUUUUGCAAUUGCAUAAAGUGUCGAAGUCGUUUUGGCAAAGAGACAGGCGACAAACAAACGCCGGAACGCAAGGGGUAAAUUAAACUCCACUGAACUGCCGCUUUGUCUGCUGUUGAAGUUUAGGCAUUUGUGUUUGUGUUCGUGUGUUAUGUGCGUACGUUCGGUCGCUUUAAUGUAUGCGUGCGUAUCUGUGCGCCAGCCAGUGUAUCUGUAGCUCAUCGAAUUCGUGGUUUGUCUGACUCACUGACACUGACAGUUAGUUACGCUUGCAUUCAGCCACAAGGCGUUGUCUGUCUGAGCGUACGUCGAUUGACCAAUUCUAAAAGCGAAGCGCCUGCCGCAGCCGCUGUUGCUGUCGCUGUCGCUGCCGUUGUCAUUGUUGUUAUUGUUAUUGUUAUUGUUGUUGCCGGUGUAUCUUGUAUCUUGUAUUUUGACGUGUUUUGCUCUUGUAAUCGUUGUGCUGUUUGCUAUUUUUCGCAAUCGUGCGCAUAAUUUUUAACUUGAAUUUUUGCUUACCAUAAUUUUAUUUUUAUAAUUUACGUGUAUAUUUUGCAUAUCGCAGAAAAUGUGUGCAUCAAAAUAAUUUUUAAAAAACCAAAAAAAAAAAUUGUUCGAAAAUUUACUUAUAAUCAGAGCGUAUAUAAAUUUGCCGGUAAAUAAAAAUAUAUAUAAAAAGAAAAAUUUUUCAAAAAUUAAUUGUCAAGCGUGAAAUUGAACCUGCAGUGAAACAACAGACCCCGAACAGCUGUUUUUCUGCUAAUUACUUUGCAACGGGAAAUUGUAUCUUAUAGUUACGUAUCUACAAACACGAAGACAGCGUUGCGCGCGUAUUCUUAUAGCAUUGACAACUGAAAAUAUAAAUUUACGCUACACGUGAAAGAUUUUAGACGAAAAAAAAAAUCUAUACAAACAAAAAUAGAAAUAAAAAAAAUUUAAAACAAUAACAACAAAACGGUGUAUUUGCAAACAGCUCAUAUGUUUGUGUGUUGAAGGAAAAAUAUUUCCACUUCAGAUUUGUAUCUCAUAUCAUCAAGUGCAGGAGUGCGAAAGUGUUAAUGACAAAAAAUUUGUGAAAAUUCCAACAAAUACAAAUAUAAAAAAUACAAAAUCUGUAAAAAUCUUGUUCUGCACAACUUCCGGCCAUUAGCACACAGAAGUAUCUAAAUCAACUUACAAAAAUUCUACAACAACUUUUACAAAAAAAAUAAAAUAAAAUUACUUUAUUUAUUAUUUCUUUCAAUGUCUUCUGCUAUCUUACAACCAGUUUCGUUAAUGGCAGCGUUAAUUAUUUAAACAUAAUUAAGCAAAACUGAAAUAAAACAACAAAACAGCAACGAGUAUCUUUGAGAUACGUACAAAUACAGCAGCAACCAAAUAACUUACAACUCAACUGCAUUUGCAGUUGAAAGUUGGCUAAUACGAAAAGUGCACAUUUCACAUUUUCGCUUAGUAGAGUUUUCCGUUUUAUAGAUACUUUUUUCGUUACACCAUGGCCAACUGCACAGUUCGUAGCAGUGGCAACUCCUCCAAAGCAAUGAAAAAAUCCGCUGCAACGACCACAAAUUAUUGCUGCUUGACGUUGCCAGCAUUUUGCUUGGCUGCUGCUCUGGUGCUCGUUAUCGCGGUGCCAAUAGUUUCGGCGAAAAAUUUGGAUAACCAUGGUACGCUGUUAGCUGGCCAUGGACAUGGCAUUGCUGAUGCGGGCGUUGAUGGUGUUGGGCAUUCUCAUCAUCAUCGUCGCAGCCGCCUGCAACGCGACUCUGGCAGUAAAAAUGUAAAUGUGCGUGAACAAUGUGAAGCAGUGAAACCUUACUUCGAAUCAAUCGACAUUAAAUUGCAUGGAAAUUAUGAACAAAAAGGUGCCGUCUGUGGUGGUAAUUGUUGUGCUAAUAGCACAGAAACUGAACUCAGACACAAAGCGACCACUGAAUUUGAACGCCUUUUGCAUCAUCACACCGAAAGCCUGCGCGGCAUUCUGGAAUCUACAGCGAAUUUAUUCCAGGGUAAGUGCAAAUGA